AUGUUGACUCAAGUUGCAACCGUCACGGAUGARAUGCUGGAUGGUGUUGGUCAAUGGGGAACAGUGUGUGUUUAUGGUGCUAGCUGGGAUAUCAACGAAGAAGUCAAAGUUGCUUGUCGGCAGCUUGGGUUUGCCAAAGCUGUAGGAACUUGGCGCUAUGUACAAGGGAUGGGUAGAAUAUGGCUGUAUUGGAUGCUGUGUACAGGCUCAGAGUUUUCACUUGGAAACUGUUCUCACAAUGGAUGGGGAAACGUUAACUCUCACUGUCAUAGCCACAAAUAUGAUGCUAUUGUCAUGCUGCGUAUUGGUCAAUGGGGAACAGUAUGUCAUCAUGGCUGGGGUGAAAAUGAUGCAAAGGUCGCAUGCCGUCAACUUGGUUUUACCAAACCUGUAGGAUAUUGGCACUAUGGACGAGGGACGGGUAAAGUAUGGCUGACCGGCAUGUUGUGUUUAGGCUCUGAAACUACACUUGAAAGCUGGCAAUGGGGCAAUGUUGGUGCCUGCGAUCACACUGUUGAUGUUGGUGUCGUUAGUUUCGAUACAUACAUACAUGCAUACUUUAUAUUUGGAAACAUAAGGUCAGGAGAAAAAAACUGGCAGCUAAGAGCUAAUGUGGACCUCCUAUCUACAAGAACAGUGUGUCAUCAUUACUGGAAUAUGCCUGAUGCUAAGGUUGCAUGCCGUCAACUUGGUUUUACCAAAGCUUUAGGACCUUCGAUUUAUGGACGAGGAACGGGUAAAGUAUGGCUAGAUUACAUGGCAUAUACAGGCUCAGAAUCCACACUCGGAAACUGUCCUCACAACGGAUGGGGAAACGUUGAUUCUGGCUGCAAUAUUCACCAAUAUGAUGCUGGUGUCGUCUAUUUGUUAUUAGGUCAUCAGGGUCAAUGGGGAACAGUGUGUGCUGGUAGCUGGGGCAUGAAUGAUGCCAAGGUUGCAUGCCGUCAACUUGGUUUUACCAAAACUCUAGGACCUUGGUGGAAUGGACAUGGGACGGGUAAAGUAUGGUUGAACGGCAUGGGUUGUUCAGGCUCAGAGUCCUCACUUGGAAGCUGUAGCCAUAAUGGAUGGGGAAGCGUUGCCUCUUGGUGCAAUAAUCACAAUGAUGAUGCUGGUGUCGUGUGUAUUUGUUCUUGUAUGGAUCAAGAUAUCAAGCAAUCUUUCUAUAUUAUUCGCCCUCACAUUGUUCUUCACCAGAAGAUUUUUCAGAAUCGCAAGCAACAAAAUGAGUUCGAUGAGGUAGAUUACCAGGGUCAAUGGGGAACAGUAUGUUAUCAUGGCUGGGAUAUGCCCGAUGCCAAGGUUGCUUGCCGUCAACUUGGUUUUACCAAAGCUGUAGGACCUUCAGAUUGGGGACGAGGGACGGGCAAGAUAUGGCUAAACGGCAUGCUAUGUUUAUCUCGUAGAGGUCAUCAGGGUCAAUGGGGAACAGUGUGUGCUGGUAGCUGGGGCAUGAAUGAUGCCAAGGUUGCAUGCCGUCAACUUGGUUUUACCAAAACUCUAGGACCUUGGUGGAAUGGACAUGGGACGGGUAAAGUAUGGUUGAACGGCAUGGGUUGUUCAGGCUCAGAGUCCUCACUUGGAAGCUGUAGCCAUAAUGGAUGGGGAAGCGUUGCCUCUUGGUGCAAUAAUCACAAUGAUGAUGCUGGUGUCGUGUGUAUUUGUUCUUGUAUGGAUCAAGAUAUCAAGCAAUCUUUCUAUAUUAUUCGCCCUCACAUUGUUCUUCACCAGAAGAUUUUUCAGAAUCGCAAGCAACAAAAUGAGUUCGAUGAGGUAGAUUACCAGGGUCAAUGGGGAACAGUAUGUUAUCAUGGCUGGGAUAUGCCCGAUGCCAAGGUUGCUUGCCGUCAACUUGGUUUUACCAAAGCUGUAGGACCUUCAGAUUGGGGACGAGGGACGGGCAAGAUAUGGCUAAACGGCAUGCUAUGUACAGGCACAGAGUCCUCACUUGGAAGCUGUUCUCAUAACGGAUGGGGAAGCGUUCCCUCUUGGURCAAUAAUCACAAUGAUGAUGCUGGUGUCGUGUGCACUUGUUCUUGGUUCGAAGARGUGUAUCACCAGGGUCAAUGGGGAACAGUAUGUCAUUAUAACUGGRAUAUGCCMGAUGCCAAGGUUGCAUGCCGUCAACUUGGUUUUACCAAAACUGUAGGACCUUUGAGGUAUGGACGUGGGACGGACCUAGAAAAGGUUUAUCUCGUAKAGGUGUAUCACCAGGGUCAGUGGGGAACAGUGUGUGAUAGUAGCUGGGGCAUGAAUGAUGCCAAGGUURCAUGCCGUCAACUUGGUUUUACCAAAACUCUAGGACCUUCGUACAGUGGACGAKGAACGGGUAAAGUAUGGCUGUACCGCAUGGGAUGUUCAGGCUCAGAGUCCUCACUUGGAAGCUGUAGCCACAAUGGAUGGGGAAGCGUUCCCUCUUGGUGCAAUAAUCACAAUAAUGAUGCUGGUGUCGUGUGUAUUUGUUCUGGUAUGGAUCAUAAUAUCAAGCAAUCUUUCUAUAUUAUUUGCCCUCACAUUGUUCUUCACCAGAAGAUUUUUCAGAAGCGCAAGCAACAAAAUGAGAGUUCGAAGAGGUGUAUUUACCAGGGUCUAUGGGGAACAGUGUGUAAUGAUUACUGGGGUGUGCCCGAUGCCAAGGUUGCAUGCCGUCAACUUGGUUUUACUAAAGCUGUAGGAUAUUGGCGCUAUGGACGAGGGACGGAGUUCGAAGAGGUGUAUCACCAGGGUCAGUGGGGAACAGUAUGUCAUUAUAACUGGAAUAUGCCCGAUGCCAAGGUUGCAUGCCGUCAACUUGGUUUUACCAAAACUGUAGGACCUUYGAGGUAUGGACGWGGGACGGGACCUAUGUACUAUGGACAUGGGACGGGUAGAAUAUGGUUGUAUAGCAUGCAGUGUUCAGGCUCAGAGACCUCACUUGGAAGCUGUUCUCACAAYGGAUGGGGAAGUGUGUCUGGCUGCGAUCACACUAUUGAUGCUGGUGUUGGUCAAUGGGGAACAGUGUGUGAUAGUAGGUGGGGCAUGGAUGAUGCCAAGGUUGCAUGUCGUCAACUUGGUUUUACAAAAGCUCUAGGACCUUGGCAAUAUGGACGAGGGACGGAGGUUUAUCACCAGSGUCAAUGGGGAACRGUAUGUCGUUAUGGCUGGGGUAUGAAUGAUGCCAAGGUUGCAUGCCGUCAACUUGGUUUUACCAAAGCUGUAGGACGUUCGUACAAUGGACGAGGGACGGGUAAGAUAUGGCUGUGGAAGAUGGGGUGUUCAGGCUCAGAGGCCUCRCUUGGAAGCUGUUCUCACKAUGGAUGGGGAAAUGUCAACUCUUACUACUGUAAUGGUCACACAAGGGAUGCUGGUGUUGUGUACAGUGUCUGGCCCAGUCUUGUGGAGGUGUAUCACCAGGGUCAAUGGGGAACAGUGUGUAAUUAUGACUGGCACAUGGAGGAAGCGAAGGUUGCAYGUCGCCAAAUGGGUUUCGCUAAAGCUGUGGGAUUUUCGCAUCGUGGACGAGGAACGG